AUGGUUAUUAAGGUAAACACCAAUUACAACAGUAGUGGUGGUGGUGUGGAGGCCACCCAAAACUACUUAUAUAUCACUACUGUUUUGCCACAGAAUCCGUACUCCGGAGCUAUUGGUGAGGAAAAUGUAAGCCUUUUAGCCAAGAAUACCACAAAUACUGGAGACGAUUAUAUGCCGUAUGAAGAGCGGUUGGAGACAUACAUAGUUCCCGUCAUAUUCACCAUCAUAUUUAUCGUGGGUGUCAUCGGAAACGGCACUUUGAUUCACAUUUUCAUUCGCCACAAAUCCAUGCGGAAUCUGCCCAACACUUUCAUCCUAUGCCUGGCGGUGGGCGACCUACUGGUGAUCGUGGGUACUGUUCCCUUCAUAAGUCUCAUCUACACGCUGGACAGUUGGCCUUUCGGUGGGUUUAUCUGCAAAUUAAGUGAAUUUUUGCGCGACGUGUCCAUCGGAGUGACAGUUUUGACACUAAGUGUGCUGUCGUUUGACCGAUACGUAGCCAUUGCGAUGCCAUUCAGCAAAAUCAAUGACAAUAUCUCCACCAAAACCACAUACUCGGUGGUGAUAGCCUUGUGGAUCANUUGCGCGACGUCCAUUGCGAUGCCAUUCAGCAAAAUCAAUGACAAUAUCUCCACCAAAACCACAUACUCGGUGGUGAUAGCCUUGUGGAUCACAUCCUUGUUGUUCGCCAUACCCGGCGCAUAUAACUCGCAGGUCAUUACCUACAACAUCAGCGACGACUUGCACAUCAAAGUCUGUUAUCCAUUCCCACCGGAAUUGGGUGAUUGGUACCCGAAAGUUGUGGUUAUCUUAAAGUUUGUCUUCUUUUACGUCAUACCGUUGAUGACGAUCGGCUCGUUUUACGCGCUGAUGGCCAGGCAUUUGGUGAAGAGCUCGCAGCAGGUGAACGGCCUGACCGUCAAUCAGCACAACAAACACAUUGAGUUGAGGACACGAGUGGCCAAAAUGGUGUUCACGUUAUCCGUCAUAUUCGCCGUCUGUUUCUUCCCAAACCACAGUAAGUAUCACUCCAUUAGGAAACCUUUCAAUCAGGCAAUAGAUAAGCGAUUUCUAAUUGAUAGGACUUAA